UCAGUUUCUUGUCGUCUUUCGUUCGGUUCGUGUCGGUUUGUGUGUACGCGAUUUUGCUCACGGUGCGGAAUUUUCUCGCGAGUGCUUCCGUUUUUCUCGGUUAUUUUCCGUAGAUAUUUUGAGUUUUCCACUGGUUUCCUACCGUUUGCCGGCUGUGCGAUUUGGUCGGUGUGGAUUUGUGAUCAUUUUCGUGCCAUCGGACCCACGGAAUAUGAUAUUUUAUAACAUUCGGAUGAGAAGCAACAGCAGAACCAGAUCUCGACGGGGCGUUCCGUAAAAUUGACGACGAACAAGGGGGACGAGUUUAUUUGCCUUUGGUUUUUUGUUUUCUGUUGUGCGGUCUGUGCCCUUUUGUUAUUGUGAGUUUUUCGAAUUCGUUUUGCACAACGUUUUCUGGGGUGGACAAGAAGCUGAAAUCGGACGAUAAAGGAAGAAGUGGAGGAGAUCAUAAGGAGGAUUGACCUUUACUCGGGUUAGACGAGUCGUGGAAUUUUUCCUGGAUCAGAACUACCAGGAACCGGUGGAGCGCGAUGUGGAAGUGCCACAAGUGUGGAAAACCAGUGUUUUUCGCUGAACGAAAGCAAUCUCUCGGUUACGAUUGGCACCCGGAGUGCCUCCGAUGCGAGGAAUGUGGCAAGCGACUCAACCCCGGACAACAUGCCGAACACAAAGGUGUCCCCUACUGUCACGUGCCUUGCUAUGGUGCCCUGUUCGGGCCGCAGCUUUUCGGACACGGCACCCGGGUAGAGUCACAUAAAAGCUUCGGCCAGCCGGAGCUCAAAAAACAAGCCACUGCUCGCUCGCCAGCCGGUCCCGCAGUGCCAAGAGGACAUCUCGAGUCCAAGCUGAAGUCCUUCAACCAGUUCUACAACAACAAAAGUCAGGAAAUCCGUAGCCGGGAAGUCAACGGGCGAUUGGUGCUGGAGGGAGCGCUGAGAAUCUACUGGGGAGUUCAAGGGAUCAUCCACCUGAAGGAAGAUGACGAUCAGCGGACGGUGGUCACAGUGCGCAAACGCAAUUCCUAUCGGCUGAGUAAUCCAAGCUCGAUGGUAUCUGCCAUGCAGGACAUGGUGGAGGACAAAGAGAAUCUCAAUCCGGACCGGAGCGAUCCGAUGAGUUCGAGUCUGACGGAAGGCCCGGACAAUAACGAUACGACCACCAUCUCGGAAAGCCUUUCUUAUGAUACGCUCAGUAUAUCGUCAGACCUCAAUUCCAUCAGCUCAUCCAAGCCGAACUCCGGGGAAAAUUCCAAAGAAGUGUCCCCAAGCCAUUCGAAUGGGGCAAACGGAGCGGGGAAGUACGUUACCCUGCCCCCAAAGUUGGACGUCAAACAACUGGAAUGGGACGAGAUAGACGACUUGCUGCAAGUCGAGCGGAAAGUGGACGAAUCGGAGCGAAUCUACAGGACAAUGCCAUCACCGUUGCCUUCCCAGCUGGAGGACCGGAGUGAAAUCUCAGAAAGUAUUACGGAUACGGAUUACAAAACGCUUACCCCUCAGAUGGUUACCAACUCGUCAUCUUCGACCGAUAGCAAUAAGACCACAACGGCGACCACCUUGAACGGAGAGGAGGAUUUCCGUACCCCGGAAGGGACGCUGAAAUCGCACGACUUCGAAGCGUUCAAAAUGCAAAUGAGCCAGGAGUUUAUCAAUGGAGCGGCCGAUAUGGGCAAUACCGAAGGGACGCUUAAGUUGAAUCAGCCAAUCGAUCCGGCCCGGAUCAAUGAUUCUCUCAAACUGUACAACGAAUCGGUGAUGAACCGUAGUUUGUCCGACGAGCAGUGUCGGAAUGUGUUUUCGCUUCCGCAAGGGAAUAUUACAGACUCGUUCCACGUGGAAAAUGACGACACGCUCAAGCAUCCGAAAAAUUCCAAGUUCUCCUCCCCGGCGAAAUCUCAUUUGCAGAAUGGUGGUAGUAAUGGACGGACCAAAAUCUCCUACCAACGACAUCAAUCGGAAUCCCCCUCGGUAACAUCCCCUGGCACCGAUACCGACACCUGGACCGGUGACCGGGGUCUUCUACGGUCAAAAAGCCAAGGCAACAACUAUUCCGGCAACAGUUUCAUGGACAGCGACGACGAAGGAACGGAAACGCUCAAACCCUCGGAUCGACCUCAGACUUCGAUCCACAUCAAAAUGGACUGUUACGAUGAACUGGACCAGAAUGGCGAGGUCAUCAGCCCAACGGACGAAAGCAUAACGACGGCUAGUUUCACGACAACCACGGCGACAACGACGACGACCACUACCGAUGAUGGUGUGGUUCUGCGAAAACCUCCGAAAACGGGUUCGACCGCUAUCAAAAGACGUUCCGGAAAUCGACGAUCUCGGACGAAGCUGAAGCGGAGAUGUUCCAUCAACGGACAUUUCUACAAUCGGGAGACCUCUUUCUUUACGCCACCGCACGGUUCGCUGAUGAAUGUGUGGGUGACGUCGUUGGUCAAUACUCAAGAGGUGAUCAAUCUACUGUUGGAGAAGUACAAGGUGGAGAGCCGAGCGGAGAAUUUUGCGCUGUUUGUCAUCAAGGAUAACGGAGAGCAGAAGAAGCUAAAGGAUGACGAUUAUCCGCUGGUGGCACGGAUCAUUCUGGGACCGCAUGAGGAUAUCGCAAAACUGUUUCUGAUGGAUGGUCAACAGACACCGGAGAUCAGCAGCGAAGUGGCCCAAUUCUUGAACCUGUCGAUCCCGGAAUGCCGAGCGAUUCUGGAACGCUAUCACGAAGAGGAGCAGCGGGAACUCAUUCGGAUAAGGACGAAAUACGCCGAACUCCGGCGACGAAUAGUUCAACGAAUGGAAUCGCUGAAGGUUAGACUCUAGACUGCAUCGUUGGUGAAACAGAGUGUCGUAUCGAAUAUACUAAAACAAAGAUAAAAAAUCUACUGUAAAGGAGCAGUAAUGGGAUGAAGGGGAGUAUUUCGUUAACUUUAGGCCAAAAUGUGUUGGACGACUCGAAUCGUGGUCAUUUAAGUCAGAAUAAUAUUACGUUCGUAGAUAGACUAGUGAAAGCGUGAGCGCCAGCCGCCCACAUCUCACUCCUUCGAAAUCUAAUCAAAUAAUUUAUUAGAGGAGCUUAAGAGUAAGACAUAUAUCUAUGAAAAUCAAUAAUCAAUUAUUUAACCAUUCGCAAUCAGCUGUGUAAAACUAACCAUAUUAUAUUUCUUAGGGUAUUUUUUAAAUCUCAAUAACUUCCUUAUAGGACAAAGUUUAGAUUUGGUUGGAAUCAAUUAUAGCGAUCGGCGAUUUUUGCCAAUUAUUUUUUUUCUUUAUUAGAAUGAAGUGAUCAAUCUAUUGCCAUUUUUUUUAUUUGAUGCAUUUUCCUUCGUAACAUAAUCCAGUAAAGCUGCCUUACCACGGCCAAAAUAUCGGACAAGUCAACUGUUUCUCAAAUAAUUUAGUGAACAAAUACGUAAAGUUGGUUGUUUAUUGUGCCGUUCUUGUAAUUGUUCAUAUCAUUUCUUCUAAAUCAUCGGAAGAUUAUUCAGUUUAUCAGAAUUAGGAAACCAAUUUCCAGAAGGUGGUUUAAUUAAAUAACUGUCGUUGGCCUGCCUGAAAAAAAAUGAAUCCUAUUAAGCAACACCACAAACCAUAUUAAACCAACAAUAAUGACAUAUAUAUUUGUACGAAGUCUCGCACAAAAUCGGAACAAAUGAACAAUAAACCGCAAUGCUCAGUUCACCCGACUAUAGGGUACAAGUUAUACACGAAAAAAAAAAACUAUAGCGAAGCAGAUCAGUAUGCAGACAACGCCCUUUUUUGCUGCACUGCUAAUCUCACCGCCAGUCGACCCCAGCAAAAACCAAUUAAAUCAUAAUGAAGACGUUUAGCUUCCCACUAGAGGUACAGAGAAGACACAUACCGGCGAACAAAUGGACUGACAAAAAGAGCAGAAGGCGAAACGCUUGGUUGUUCAUAUUUAAAUCAAUUCGAUAACAGAACAAACGAAUGAAAAACAAAAAAAAACACUCGAACUCAUGUUGAAUUUAUUCAAGGGAAAAAAAAAAUGAUAGAUUGCCUUUUUCUGCACAGGUGCUCUGGUUGCCGCCAGUCAGCCUCCUCAACCUCAGUUUGUGGCCACAGAGCGUAGCAGCACCACUCGGGAAGAGGGAAGUGAAUAAACCUCGAAAAUUAGUGCACUGAACUGAUAUAUAUUAUGAGCGAGCGUAGGGCGGUAGCAUGAGGUGAGCUGAAAGAAAAAGCAACAAUUUAGCAAUUGUGUAACAUAUUAGGUCGCAAAAAUAAAAGCACUCUAUCAAUUGCCGCGCAA